AUGAGCGCGUGUAUCUUGGCCAACAUGGGAUCAGCACAAGCCCCCGAAGGCUUCCAGCUCGCUGGAUUCUUUGGUAGAUUUGGCGAUGAGAUCGACCUCAUUGGAGCGGUGUGGGCCACUAUUGCUGCCGUGAACGAGACCGUCUCUGGUCCGGUUUCAGCUGACGAAGAUAUCGCUCUCAGUGAGCAUUACGGUGGCCCGCACGGCAACGCGUUUUCGGAUAUCUCUAAGAUUACACUGGUAACCAUACAGGUAGCAGGCCUUCUAGGCUUGACAUACAACCACGGAGGACCCGGUGGUGAAGAAGUCACGCUCGCUUUGGAUAAAGGUGAGUACAUCAACUCGAUGGAAGUUCACUGGUGCAAAAACGACGGACGAACGCAGGUAUGCUACGUCAACUUCGGUACGAGUGGGGCGAAGAAUGUGUCGGUAGGAACGAAGUCACAACAAAGCGCCAAAGUGACUGCACCCAAGGGUUUCCAGCUAAGUGGUUUGCACGGCCGUGCGGAAGACGAAGUGUAUCAACUCGGGGCAAUCUGGACGCGAAUGGACGCUACACCGAUGUUGCUGACGGACACCAUGGACACGGCUUGGUACGGAGAUAUUAUCCGGAACUGGGUGGGCCCCACUGUCGGCGUUCCGAAGGACAACGCGUGUUAUCGGAAAACGCAGUCCAUGGACAGCAAGAAUGUCUGUCCUUUAGCCUACGGCAGGGACGACGACGACUGUAUCGUGCAGUGUCCGAUGUCAUACCCCGUCGAGUGUUUUCUCGAGUGUAUCCCCCAGAACGACAACUGCGCGAUGGCCGUUCUCACGAAGAUCGCAGCAGUGGCUAACGUCGCGUUCAAUGCAGCGACAGCUGGCGUGUUUGCCAACCUCAAGACGGUGUACACGGGGGCCAAACGAGUGUACAUGUGCGCAGCAGGCGUCAUCUCGGUGAUCAAGUCACUCAUUUACUACUUCCGGUUUGUGCAAAACACUGCGCCACAAGGAGAUACAGAGAAGUUGCUUGCUGUGGCGUAUCGAAGCAACGUGGUGCUGAUCGACCUGCCAGUUGCAGUGUACGCGUGUCUGGGUAUGCCACCUCCACCGAGAAUGGUGUGGGCAGGCUAUGUGCUGCAGGCCGUGCAAUUUAUCGUCAAGCAGACCAUUCUCAACGGUGAUAAGAUUAUCUCGUCUGCAACAAACGUCAUUAACCUGCUGCGGAAUGCCACAACGGUCAAUAGCUCGGCAAACAGCGUGACUGAGCUGGAGGAAUUCAUCGCAGCCAACACUUCGUGCGGCUACGAGCUGAAGAAACUAACCGACCGCGUUAUCUUCCGAGUCAGCGACGUUCGGAACAAGACACCGAAUGCCGCUGUAGACGAUGUUCGCGUGGCGAUCAGCAGGUCAACGCUCACACAGCACGAUAUCCCACGAGUGAAAAAUAAUUGCAUGAAGGAGAUGAUGGCCAACAAAACCGUGCAAGCAGCUUUUGAGACUCGGGAUUUACUACGGAAAACGAUGGGAGUCAUCAUCGACCAGCUUAUCGAGAAAUCUACGACGGAUUUGGGCAAAAAUGUGGCAGAAAACGAGUACAUGAAGCAGGUGGCCAACAUGGGGCUAAUGGCUCUGGGCGGUCUAGACCCGACUGGUAUCUUUUAUAUGGUGUCUCAAUUUGUUCAACCAAUUUGCGUCGUUUAUCGGUGA